CGGCCGCCAACUGCAGCGCCUCUCCGGCUCGGCUGAGCGCGGAACGUGCGGCGGAACGAGCAACUCUCGCGAGAACGCGAGCUCUAUUUGAGCGCAUGCGCAAAGCGCUCUGCCUUCUUUUCCGGUUUCCGCGGCCGCCGCAGCCAUGAGCAGCAAAGUCUCCCGCGACACCCUGUACGAGGCGGUGCGGGAAGUCCUGCACGGGAACCAGCGCAAGCGCCGCAAGUUUCUGGAGACGGUGGAGCUGCAGAUCAGCCUGAAGAACUACGACCCUCAGAAGGACAAACGUUUCUCGGGCACCGUCAGGCUUAAGUCCACCCCGCGCCCCAAGUUCUCGGUGUGCGUCCUGGGGGACCAGCAGCACUGCGAUGAAGCCAAGGCCGUGGACAUCCCCCACAUGGACAUCGAGGCGCUCAAGAAGCUGAACAAGAACAAGAAGUUGGUCAAGAAGCUGGCCAAGAAGUACGAUGCCUUUUUGGCCUCUGAGUCUCUGAUCAAGCAGAUCCCACGUAUCCUGGGCCCAGGCCUCAACAAGGCUGGCAAGUUCCCCUCCCUGCUGACACACAAUGAAAACAUGGUGGCCAAAGUGGAUGAGGUGAAAUCUACCAUCAAGUUCCAGAUGAAGAAGGUGCUGUGUCUGGCUGUUGCUGUCGGCCACGUGAAGAUGACAGAUGAUGAGCUGGUCUACAACAUCCAUCUGGCUGUCAAUUUCUUGGUGUCCUUACUCAAGAAAAACUGGCAAAAUGUUCGGGCUUUGUACAUCAAGAGCACCAUGGGCAAGCCCCAGCGUUUGUACUGAGAUGCUCCAAUAAAUCUCAGUGCUGCCACUCA